AUGUGUUCUGAGACGGGCUCCAGGUACACGGGCCUGCUGCUCUUGGCCUUGGCCAUCGCCGCCAUCAUCGCCAACCUCCUGCUGUACUUUCCCAGCGGACAGGUGCUGGAGCCUGCCAAGAUCACAGACUUGGUCUGGUUUUUCCACGGUUUUCUUGGAGCUGGACUCUUGGUUAUGUUGCCAGCACUGAUGCUGUUGAGGGGAGGUGGAGAGGACUGCUGUGGUCACAGAUGUGGGAUGCUGUUCCCUGUGCUCCUGGCCAUACAGGGCACUGUGGGCGCCGUGUAUUGUGUGGUCAUUUCUUCACUAGGUUUGCUCAGUGGCCCCCUCUGUGACACAGGCAGUGGAAACUACACCUACCCGUUCAGGAAUUACUCCCUGGAGAACAGCUACUUACUCAACCAGCCCACCUGGGCUACCUGCCAAGAGCCUGAGCACAUCGUCCUCUGGAACGUGGUCUUGUUCUCCAUCCUGCUGGGGAUCGGCGUGGUAGAAGCUGUCCUUUGCCUCAGCCAAGUCGUCAGUGGGCUCUGUGAUAUCUUCUGUGGUACAUGCGUCCGAAAAGGACAGGUGACCAUAACUGGCUUAUGACCAGCCUAAGAAAUCACAACUGAUUGGCAGAGUUCCCC